AUGCCUCCCAACUCGAAAUCCACCAACACCAAUUCUCGAAAGUUGAAGAUUCUCAUGUUACAUGGCUACACACAAUCCGGUCCCCUUUUCCAAGCAAAAACCCAACGUAUCAAGAAACUACUUGAGAAAUCUCUCGCCAGUUUACCCAUCAAAUCCGACCCUACGAUCAAUGGCAUCGACCUCUUCUACCCCACCGGCCCUUUCAAAGUCUCUUCUGCCGACAUGAACGGAGCAGAAGUCAGAGAAGACGCCAAUGGCUGGUGGAAACUGCGAGAACGCGGUGAACCCCAAGACGGUGUCGCUGAAGGACUGGAAACAGUGGCGAAAGUGCUUCGAGAAAACGGGCCUAUGGAUGGAGUCAUGGGGUUCAGUCAAGGAGCUGCUUUGGCUGCUAUGGUGGUUUCUCUACUCGAACCAGGAAGAGCAGAUGCUUUUGCCAAAGUCGCAGGGGGUAUGGAGUUUCCGGAAUCGUUUGCUGAGUUGCAGCAUCCACCGCUUAGGUUUGGUGUUUGCUUUUCGGGGCUGUUGAAUAAGCAUGAUGCAUAUACUGCAUUCUACGAGCCCAAGAUCCAAACGCCGAUAUUGCAUGUUUUGGGCAGUAUGGACACCAUUGUGGAGGAAAGCGAGUCAUUGGCUUUGGCUGAACGUUGUGUGGAUGGAGAUGGCAUGAUUAUCAGACAUGCUGGUACGCAUACCGUGCCGAGCAGUGAGAGAGAUAUCGCAGCUGUCAUACAGUUUAUCCGAAACGCGUAUCCUGGCGGAAAUGCAGCCAGCAAGAAAGACGAAGACGAAGAUGUCUUGGACAUGGAUAUGCCUUUCUAG